GUCAAUCUGACAUACCUUCUCCACCCGCCCCAUCAUGGGAGAUGCGGGGUACGGGGUACCGGCGUUUUUGCUCCCUGCACUUCACAGCUUCGCCGCCCAACUCGAUUAAACGUUGCUUCAUCUCCCUCCACGUUUGACUUGCCUAGUUGUAUCCCACCGGAGACUGCCGUACCCUGCCGUUCCUAUCUAUGGUACUGGGUUUUCUCGAUAUUAAUGGUCCGAUACCUCUACCGUAAGUCGCACCAGUCGUCCCGGCAUCCUCGACCAAGGCCCUCACAUGUCCGCACAAAUGGGCUCGCGUGGAUUCACCUACGUUGCAGAUGUUGCAGAUACCGCGGGCGCUGCUGUCAGCCAAAUUUGGGCUGUCAACACUGCUACUGCUACUGGCUGGGAGCCACAGAACACCGAGGUGGACCAGAUGAACCGGAGGGAUUUUAUGACGCAGAUCGAAGUCCGAGACCGUCAUCAAGAUUCAGGUGAAGAUGGGUCGGCACAUUCCUCAUUACCAGAAGAAUAUCAGGACAUCUGUGGCACCGCUUGGCCUGCAACACUACCCGGCGACAGAGACCUCGAUGUGCGCCAGGACCCCAAGCCUGCAAAGAGGGGUGUACAUCGAAUGCGCACAAAGAGAAUCAGUCGAGCGUGCGACCAGUGUAAUGCUUCCAGGAUGAAAUGCGAUGGACAACAGCCAUGUGCCAGAUGUAUUGAUUUCGAAAUGGACUGCGCUUAUAUGCGUCCUCGGAAAAAGAGAGCGAGAGUUUCAAUGAAAUCCGCAGCUAUCACCAUAACCCGGCAGCAUAAACGUCCCGCCACCGUUGCGAUCAUGGAUGAGGCUGCUUCAUCAGCCCACUUUCAAGAGCUUUCACCGAAUCCAGGCCCUCGUGGUGACCGUGCAGAUGAUGAUGGCUCUUCCAUUUCUGAUGACCCCAGUAUGGUCCCGCCUCAGCAUCUGCAGAAUUCUUCGAAUUUUGAGUAUUACCAAGAUGAGCGAGAUCGGCUCGAUUCUUUUAUAGAAUCGAUGGGAAAUAUGCCUUCAAAUACCGUGGAUCUGUCGCAAGGUUUUGCACUGCAAGGGCACAACGCACACAAUAGUCUGGAUAAUAGACCUCCAGGUCUUGCUCCUAGUUCAAAUGACAUCCAAAGCAGCAUCACAAUUCAGAGUGAGGCGCUGCCAGCAACAAUGGAGCUAGGUAUUAGCGGUUUACCCGGAUUGUAUUCUCCAAUAAGUGACGAUGCAUUGGAUCCGAACCUCCAGGGACCGAAUCCUAGGUUGCAGACGCAAUGCUCUAUGGGAGCUCAGCCAGAGCUGAAAUAUCCUGUUCUACUACCAUUAGUGCCUUAUAUGACGCACCCGCUCACAGUCCCAUUAGCAUGCAAUCUUCUCGAAGGCUACUUUUCAACUAUCCCUGGAGGUUAUGUUCCAUCUUCGCCUUUUUUGCUCGGACAUAUGCUACGACGCCAUUCAUUUUUGCGAUCCGACACACCUCGGAAGUGUAGCCCUGCUCUACUCUCAAGCAUGCUUUGGGUGACUGCAGAAACGACGGAGGAACCAUUUUCUUCAUUGUCGCCUACAACACGGUCAAGAGUUUGUCAGACGCUUCUGGAGCUUACUUUGACAUUUCUACAACCUGCUGUCCAGGUACAAAAUGCUGGGGAGGCUCGCAAUGGGCUGCCAUUAACGGAGCACAGCUAUCUCCGUUGGCAUGCUGACGGUGGAGCCUCAAACGCUACAGGAUCCUUUGACGAUGUUAUUACAUUUGUGCAUCUUGCUACUGUGGUUUCAGCAGGCAGGUACAAAUCAGCCAGUUUUCGAUGGUGGCAUUCAGCUCUGCAACUCGCCAAAGAACUGAGGCUCAAUCACGAAGCAUCAACGUCCUCGGUCCAAUUCAAGGACAUUCCUACGCAGAACGAUCAGUGGAGCGGAUUUUCUAACAAAGGGGGUGAUACAACAUGGUACAGCGAUGACUCUCCAUUUGUAUUCGCUGCUCCAGGUCCAUUACUACGAAAUAUGACUAAUGAAGUGGUCUUUCCAUCAGCGCCUUGGCAUCUAACGUUGGGUAAUUCCCAAACUUUCCAUACUGCCGAAGAACGAGAAGAAAGGCGGAGAGUAUGGUGGACUUUAUAUAUUCUGGAUCGUCAUCUCGCACUCUCUUUCAACAGUCCUCUUGUCAUCCGUGAAGUGGAUUGCGAGGGGAUGCUCUUUCCAGACCUAGAUGUUCGCUGGCAGACACCAGAAGUCUACUCCGAGAAUGAGAGAGCGCUUACUGGAUUGCAGCAAUGGAGCAACUCUCAAGGCGCGCACAAAGUCUUCAGCGUACAGGAACUUACUCAAGGAACUUUUGCAUUCUUUAUUCCGUUAAUGUCGAUCUUGGGCCAGAUAAUCGACUUUCAACAUGCUAGAGGGCACCCUCAUCUGGGAAAGAUAUACCGAGGAGAUGAUAUUCAAAGUCGCUUCAUUCAGGAAGUGAGCCAGCAAUUGGAAACGUACCGGCAUAGUUUGAACGAGCUCACCAACAAGCACUCCGGUACUUACGGCGAAAAUGAGAUAUCUGAGGGAAGUUCGGACGUCAGAUUCUCUUCAAACAUUCCCGAGCGACUAGAGGAACACCAUGCACAGCAUGAGUCCGACUUCGACCUCCAAAAACAUACCGUCGCCGCCUACGGCAACUUCUUUGUGCACGUGAUGUACAUUCUUCUCCACGGAAGAUGGGAUCUCAUUUCUCUCUUCGAGGACGAGGACAGCUCGUGGAUAUCUCAGCCGUCGUUCUUCCAAACUUUAAACCAUGUCAUUGCCGCUGCUAAUGCCCUGGACAACAUUCUCGAGUUUGACUUGGAUUUCAGUUUCAAUCCUUAUCUGUUGGGAAUUUACCUCUUACAAGGUAGUUUCAUACCUUUCGUUGUUGCUGCAAGGUGUCAAAGGACCACUAGUCCAGAGGUGUUGAAAGCGUGUGAGAGCUUUGUUCGGGCCCAUGAGAUCUGCGUUGUCACUCUCCAUACGGACUACCAGGGGAAGUACCGAAAGCUCAUGCGUUCCACAAUUGCGAUGGCAAAGGGCCGCAAUAGUAAGUUAUCCGAGGACGAAAUGAAGCGCCAGCGAGAGGUUUUGGCAUUGUAUCGUUGGGCUGGGAAUGGCAUGGGACUUGGAGUUUGAUGAGAAACUCAAAAGGGGCGAGGUGUUUUAGUGGGCAAAUUAAUAAUUAAUACCUAUAAUCAACGUUUUAUUAUCGCCC